AUGUUUCUAUUUGGGGCCACUUGUAUUGUUUUGCUGCAGCAAGCAUUAGGACAAUGCCUGCCGCUAACACCUGCGUUCAACUUGUCCCCGACGCCCUUGGAACUUCUACCGCCGCUUUGCCCGAGCUCCACGGCGCCCAGUUACGCGGAUUUAUCAGCGCUAACACCGAUCUUGUCAUCUUCCAUAUCCACGUCUUUGGCGACUACGUUACCAGCUCUGUUAGAAUCCGCACUACCGACAGUGCUUGCGUCUGCUCUUGCACCUUUAAUAUCUUCCUGUAACUGUCUAGCGUGUGGCUCUGUACCUACAUGUCAAACAUUACCUGCUAUUCCCUCUCCCAGUUGUACAUGUAACUCAGCUCCGUCUUUACCAUUAUCUGCAUCUACAUGCCAAGCAUGUUCUGUAGCACCAACCUGUCUGACAUGUGCGAGCCCCGCGCCAGCCUAUUCGUGUAACCCAAGCCCCGUGUUUGAAGCACCGGCUCCGGCCAGUGUACCCUGUGCUUCUGCUCCGACAUGUGCAUCGUCGUACGCAGUAUACAAUCCACCUGCUCCUUGUGCAACACUAAGUCAAGCGUAUAGUCUUUAUUAUUAG